AUGAUAUGUUUAUAUUUGUUUUAUCAGGUUUGGUUUCAAAAUCGUCGACCUAAAUAUCGUAAAUACGAACGAUUACAUAAUGGAAGUAAUAUAAUGAAUAUCAACAACACUAAUGAUAAUAAGAGUCACAGAAGUAUAGAAAUAAAUCAAGAACAACAUAAUACAUUACGUGAUACGCAAACAAUAUUGAACACAUUCAAUGCUUAUACAUCAUCAGUUUCGCAACAUUUAAUUCCUAUCGACAAUAAUGAUAAUAAUUCGACUGUAUUAAUUUCAGCUGACAACUUAUUUCCCGUUUCUAUGAAAACAAUAGAUAUUACCUCGAGUGUUUCACAAGAACAAGUUCCGUUACAGAAAACAUCAGUGUCAAAGCUAACUGAUGGAAUCGAUGUGAAGGAAACAUUUGCACAAACAUUGAUUCAUUGUCAACUUCAAACACAACUAAAACAUGGAAGCCUAGAAUUGAUUAUCCUACAUUGUUAG